AUGCUAAAUUCAAAUUUCUUUUUUUGUUUUUGUUAUAUAUUUGUUUCUUUUUAUAUAAAAAAAUCCCAAAAUAAAAAUAAUUUAAAGUUAUAUAAAAACUUAAAUACUUUUGUAUUAACCAACAAUAGUAUUAAAAAAAAUAUAUAUUUUAAAAAAAGUUAUGGAUUUUGCACUAAUUAUUUAUAUUCCCAUUCUUUUUUAAAAAAAAAACAUACAUAUUUUGAAUUAAGCAAACAAUAUCACAUACUUUUCAAAAAAAAAAUGAAUCAGAAGGAUGAAGCAAUGAAAAAUGAAAAAGAUAAAACAGAAUUAAUAAAAGAUAUUUUUAAAAAAAAGGAAGUGAACUGUAAUAAUAAAGAAGAAAUAGAAUUAAAUGAAGAAAAAAUUCUUGAGAAUAAUAUAUUAAGUGAAAAAAAAAUAAAUGAAGAUUUAUUCAAAGGAAACUUCAAUAAAAACUUAUUAAAGGAAAAUUUAAAUGAUGAUAUUUCAAAAAAAAAUAUAGAAGAAGAAAAAUCAAAUGAAAAUGUGAAUAAAGAAAAUCAAAAAAUAAAAAAUAACGAAUCCAAUAAAGCAGCUAAUGGAAUAAGUAAAAUAUCAAAUAUUAAUAAUAAUAGAUGUAAUAAUUUAAAUAAUAAAAUUAAUUAUAACAAUGAAAUAAAAAGUAGUACAAAAAAUGCAGUAAAAUCUUUUAAAAAAGAAAAAAUAAAUGAUUUAUAUAGAAAAAAUAAGCAAACUUUUUCUUCAUUCAUUAUACCUCAAGAUAAAGAAAAUACACAAAACAAUGAUGAAAAAAAAAAAAAAAAUCCAUAUGAUACAUGUAAAGAAAGUAAGUUAAGUACUUUGAUAAAAAGAGUGAGAUGCUUAACCUCUUUUGAAAAUGUUAAAGAUUUAGAAAAUACUGAAGAAAAUAAUAAAAAAAAUAUUUUAUUAUUAUUAACUAGAGAUUUUAGAAUAAAUGACAACUGGGCUCUUAUAUAUGCUUAUGAAAUUGCAAAAAAAAAAAAAAACAAUUUAUUAGCUUGUACAUAUUUAAAUAGAAAAGAAGAAGUUCCUGAAAGAUAUAUAGACAUAAAAUUGAAAGUAUUAAAAAAUUUAGAAGAAAGUUUUAAAAAAGUAAAUAUUCCUUUCUAUCUUUUAACUAUAUUUAUGAUAGAUGAAUUUAUGGAAUUUCUAAGGAUUCAUGAAAUCAAUACUAUUGUUUGUGAUUUUCAUCCAUUAUCAGAGCAAAAAAUUUUUAUUGAAAACUUAGUGCAUUUAUCUAACAAAAAAAAAAUUAAAGUUUUUCAAGUAGACUCACAUAAUGUUGUUCCUCUAUGGGUAACAUCUAAAGUCGAAGAGCAUUCUGCUAGAACUAUAAGACCAAAAAUUAAAAUGCAUUUGCCUACAUUUCUAACAGAAUAUAUAAAAUUAGAAUCUUUUGAACAAAAUCUGAAGUAUCCAGAACCAUUUGAAAUUGAUGAUGUAUUUAAAAAGUUAACUGUAUACAAAUCUUGCCCUCUUCUAUCAAAUUUUGUAUGCACUGAAAAAAAAGCUCACGAAAUUUUAGAAAAUUUCUGUAAAAAAAAAUUAGAUAAAUUUAAUUUAAAGAGAAAUGAUCCCAAUGGCGACUCAAACAGCCAAUUGUCGCCCUAUUUAAAUUUUGGAAUUAUAUCUGCUCAAAGAUGUGUACUGGAAGUGAAUAAGUACGCUCACAGUAAUCCAUCCAUAAAUACAGUAAGUGGAAAAGAAUCUUUUAAUGAAGAAAUAAUAAUAAGAAAGGAGCUAGCUGAUAAUUUUUGUUAUUAUAAUAAAAAUUAUAAUAAUUAUAAUGGAGGAAAAAAUUGGGCUAAAGAAAGUUUAAAAAAGCAUGAUUCAGAUAAAAGAGAAUACUUAUAUGAGUAUGAUGAUUUUAAAAAUGCAAAAACUCAUAAUGACCUAUGGAAUUGUUGCCAACUACAAUUAAUUAAAGAAGGUAUCAUUCAUGGAUAUUUAAGAAUGUACUGGGCAAAAAAAAUAUUGAAUUGGUCAGAAAAUUCUAAGACCGCUUUAAAAUAUGCCAUUAAAAUAAAUGAUGAUUUUGCUAUUGAUGGAAAAAGUCCUAAUGGAUAUGUUGGGGUUAUGUGGUCUAUUAUGGGUGUGCAUGAUCAAGGUUGGAAUGAAAGAAGCAUUUUUGGAAAAAUUAGAUUUAUGAACUAUAAUGGAUGUAAAAGAAAAUUUGAUAUUAACAUGUACAUGUCAAAAUAUCCAAAAGGUAAAGAAAAUGCAUUAACUGUGCAGAAAAUACCAACCAUAACUUUUGUAAAUUAUUUAAAAAAAAGAAAAAAUAGUGCUAAUAUUAGCGAAGAAAAAAAAAAAAAAAAAGAGUAA